AUUUUAUGGUUGAGAGUGUGAAUAACAUUUUUAAGCCUAACCGUUGAUUGUAUUCAGCGGUUGAGUGGUGUUAAAACUUAAGACGUAAUCCGUAUUUCUUUUCUAGGAUUGUAAUCUAAAUUAAGAUGGCACUGUCAAGAAGAGAUCUUGAAGAAUUAAAACCAUGGAUUGACAAAACUGUUCAAAAGUUCCUUGGAUUUAGUGAACCAACACUGGUAACAGCAGCAAUAAAUUGUCUCUCAAGUGGAUAUGACAAAAGAAAAACUACAGACAAGCUUUCCUCACUGCUGGAUGAGGCGAAAGCUGGAAAACUUGCUGAAAAGCUUUUUGAAACUCUGGAUGAUUUGAAGGUGAAAACCAAGAGCAGAAAAAGACACAAGGAUGAAAUUGAAACUGCUGAUCCAAAAAAGCUCAAAAUUAAAGAAGAAGAAACUCCAAUUCCUGCACCAGGCCAGCCAAGCCCAGGACAGCUAACAGCCAUUCAAAUCAAAGAGAUGAUGGCCAAUGCACAGAGGAUGAUUGAAGAGAGAAAGAAAGCACUCAGUCACCUGAAAUUACAAGAUGCUAUUGCCAAAGUAAAUGCUCAAGUGUCGCCGAUACCUGGAACUGAGCAGUCAGAAAUGAUACCACCUGAAGCUUUAAGUAUACCUGUGGUAACACCCAAGCAACACAUACCAAAUUCUGAGCCAGAUAACAAGACAAAAAUAGCAGAUCUGACAGCUAGAAUUCAAAAUCGACUUGCCAGCCAACCAAAUCUACUUAAUUUAGCAAUUGGGGAUAGGCCUACACCCCUUAUUUUGAAUGAUGAAGGGAGAACAGUUGAUAUUACAGGAAAGGAAGUACAGCUUGUUCAUCGCAUGCCAACUCUAAAGGCUAACAUCAGAGCUCAGAAAAGAGAACAGUUCAAGUUAAGUCAAGAGAAAGUUACUGAAGACAUUACAGAACAGAAUUUCUUUGACCCAAGAGUAAGCAUUAAAAGUUCCCAUCGACCUAAGCGGGGAUUUAAAUUUCAUGAAAAAGGCAAAUUUGAACAUCUUGCUCAACGACUAAGAACUAAGUCACAGUUGGAAAAACUUCAAACAGAAAUAGCCCAUGCAGCCAAGAAAACUGGCAUUUCUUCAGCAACAAAGUUGGCUUUAAUUACUCCAAAGAAAGAAAUUAAAGAGGGGGAAAUUCCAGACCUAGAAUGGUGGGACAGGUACAUCAUCAAAGUCGAGAGUUAUGAAAGUAUUGAGAGGAGUGACAAGCUGAGUGAUGAGAAUUUUGAAGGAAUUACAAAUUUUGUGGAACAUCCUACUCAGAUGAAGGCUCCAACUGAUCCCAUGAAACCCACUCAUUUGCCUGUAUAUCUUACUAAGAAGGAGAGGAAGAAGCUAAGGAGACAGAACAGGAGAGAAGCUUGGAAGGAAAAACAGGAGAAAAUACGUAUUGGAUUAGAACCUCCACCAGAACCAAAAGUAAGAUUAUCCAAUUUGAUGAGAGUAUUGGGAACACAGGCAGUUCAGGACCCCACAAAGAUUGAACAACAUGUGAGAGAACAAAUGGCUAAACGUCAAAAAGCCCAUGAAGAAGCUAAUGCAGCCAGAAAACUAACUGUGGAACAGCGAAGAGAAAAAAAAGUAAAAAAACUGAAAGAAGAUACCAGCCUUGGAGUGCAUGUUACUGUCUAUAGGAUUUUAAACCUAACCAAUCCAGCCAAGAAAUUCAAAGUGGAAAUGAAUUCCAAUCAGUUGUUCAUGACAGGCUGUGUAGUUUUGUACAGAAAUGUUAAUGUUGUUGUAGUAGAAGGAGGACCUAAACAACAGAAAAAGUUCAAACAACUGAUGAUGCAUAGGAUAAAGUGGAAUGAAGAACAAGCAACAAAAGAUGGAACUGAUAAAGGAGAGAAGAUUGACAAUCGAUGUUUGCUUGUAUGGGAGGGUACAGCUAAAAGCCGUAGUUUUGGAGAAAUGAAGUUCAAGGUUUGUCCAACAGAAAGUUUUGCACGUGAGCACUUUAAAAAACAUGGAGUGGAACAUUACUGGGACCUUGCUUACAGCAUUUCAAUACUAGAGGCAUCAGAAGAUAACUGAACUUUAAUAUGCUUACUAGAAACCCAGUAAAAAAAAAGUGUAAAUUUACAGAUAAAAUUUCUAAACUUCUUCAGUUUUGUGUCUUGUCGAUAUUAUUUUCAAAAUUAAAAAGUUUCUCAAUCACUACAAAAACUUUUGGUAGAAGCUGAUUAUUUCCAUUUAUUUGUCCAAAUUAAAAAAUAAAAAGGAAUAAAAUAAAAUGUUUUUGUUUUCUCAGUGAAACAAAGUACAACAUCAGAUCAUCUAUAUGUAUGUGUAUUUUUGAAUGGCAAUACACAUUUAAUGUUAAAGUUUUUAAUACUUUCAAUAAUAAAGCCUUAGGCUUGAUAAUGGCAUUCUUAAAACUUUUAUACAGCUCUAAGAGAUAUUAGAAAACUUACAGUUUAAAUUAUUUUUUAACUUUUCUAAAUUUUAUUAAACAAAUUGCACAGUUAACAACAGUUUCCUGGUACCAAAGUGAACAUUAAGAUUUGUUUCUAGUUUGUACACCAGUGUUUCUUUAGUUCAUUCUGUAGUAAUAUAAAUUUAUUUUGGGUGGAACAGAGUUUGACAGAAAAAUAGUUGAUGAUUUAAUAUAGCUGUGGUAAUUGUAUUGUUUAACUUUAUGUGCUCAUUAUUUUUUAUAUAAAGUUCAAACACUAAAUAUCAUAGUUAUGGGAAAUCAUCAACCGUGUUUCUAUCAAAUCUCAGUCUGCUUAAAAAUAGUUAUAAUUUUGUUACAACAGAGAGUAGAGUGGGAAUUAAGCUCCGAGGAAACUGGCUGUAUGGGCUAAAACAUGACCUAGUGUUAAGUAACUGCCAGGAAACGUUUGUUACUACCUUCUCUUCAGUUUCUGUUUUUUCCAGAAAGAAAUUAGACUAACAUCUAAGUGUUAUUUUCACACUCAGUUCUGUAUAUGAAAAGAAAUUAAAAUAAUGUACAACUUGAACAAAAUGUGGAUAGCUAUAAUUUAGAUCAUGGUUGAAAUGUGACUUCAGGAGGGGAGGGAAGAAUCUGAAAUUCGUGGAAACUGUUUAAUGUUAUGAAUGUAUUUGUUUGAAUUUUUGUGCAGAAAUAAAAUAUAACCCAGAAAGUUA